AUGUCGGCCUCCCCACCCAAAGAGCCCGAUGUCGAACAGAACGCACAUUCUGGUGAAGAGCAGGAUCAUAUGGAUCGCGAACAAGAAGGUGCUCAAGGUGCUGGUUUGGACUUUGAAGUCAAGGAACAGGACCGAUGGCUUCCCAUUGCCAAUGUGGCCCGAAUCAUGAAGACGGCUUUGCCCGACAAUGCCAAAAUCGCCAAGGAAGCGAAAGAAUGCAUGCAGGAGUGCGUGAGCGAGUUCAUCUCGUUCAUCACCAGCGAAGCGUCCGAAAAAUGUCAACAGGAGAAGCGCAAGACGGUCAACGGGGAAGAUAUCUUGUUCGCCAUGACUUCGUUGGGCUUCGAGAACUAUGCGGAAGCACUCAAAAUCUAUCUGUCCAAGUAUCGCGAAACCCAAUCCACAAGGGGCGAGAACCAGAACAGACCUACCAGCAGCGGCGGGUAUGGCGGUGGCAUCCCCGGGAAUGUCCCGGGCAAUGCCGCGCCAGGUGCCUCCGGCUACCCAGGCGGGCAAACCGACAAUGCCACCGAACUAUUGAACCAGGGACACGGGAUGAAUGCCAACGAUCACGACGCGCCUGCUCCGUACGUCUAUCCCGGCGCCGUGUCCACCGGCCACAAUGGCAUCGCUGGCGACAACUACUGA